AGAGAACCAGACCUUUACCUUAGCAACGGACACAAUCAAAUAUGGCGUUCAAUUUUUGAAUCGUUUUCUUUACUAACAGACGCCUUUUUCUAGCCUAGAAUGACGUCGUUAUAUUGUCAAAAGCGAGUUGGUGGAACAAUUCAUUUAAAUGAUGAGUUUCGUGAUUUAAUCACAACGGAACCUCAGCCAAAGCUUUCAGAACCAUUGUGCCAAGUUCAAGAAGAGGAAAUUUUAGACGAAGAAGACGAAGAUAAAAAUGGCGUUGAUGCUGAGUUGCUUAUAAAACAUUCGACAAAAUUUAAUGAUUGGCUUAACCGGCAAACAAUAAAGAAAAUACAAAAGAAUGCCAAUUCAGAAAGUCGACCUAUUUUGGAUGAAUGCCAACAAAUAUUGGAAAAUGAACGUUUUUUUAUCGAUGACAAACUAUCGACACUUUUAGAUGACAAUGAAUGGUUGACGUUAAGAAAAAAGGAACUAUUACACAAGAGAUGGACGGAUAAAGUUUAUGCACCCCUUGAAAAUAAGAUUAAUGAGGAGAUUAAAGGAGAGAUGUACAAAGAGUUAAAGAAAAGAAAACGCCAAUUGUACCGAGAGUAUUUGGAACACCUUAAUAAGAAAGGUCACGUAUUCCUUGAUGUAGUUUCUGCCGACGAGUAUUAUCCAUUAUCUCUGCAUCCAACAAGACCCUCUUUAUUAGUAGCCAGAACGGGCCAUCUCAAGGACCCCUUACAUUCCCAACAACGCCAAAGAACAAGGGAACAGCAACUAGUCCUGCAGUGUACUACUGGAGAAAGAUACCCUCCAAAGAUUGUGGAAAACAUGAGAUUACCUCCUAUACCGGCAACGGCACCAUUAGGUAGGCAUACCACAACUCAUUCACAUUGGUUAUCAACACCCGUUCUCAAUGUUGAAAGCGAUUUAAGAAAGGCUAGUCAGAAGAGAAUGAGGGGUUUAGCCACAGUUGAUUCCGGAGUAUUCAGAGCAGCUUGGGGGACUAGUAGCCCAGAUGAAAUGAAAUUGCAAAAGAAAAGAAAAUUCCCCGAAAAAGCUGUACCAGUUAGACCAGUAAUCAAAACGGUAAUCGAUACAAAUACUAUCGGUGUUCAAACUAUUGAACCGGAAAUUGAAUAA